AUGGAGCCUGACACACCAGAAAGGAUAUACGGGCAGGCGGACGAGCGGGAACGAGCGCAGGUUGUGGGGUCAUCGCCAGGUGAGCAGCGCGCGGAGUCGUCGCCGCUGAAGCGCUAUGGGGCGGGAGAGGCGGCGGAGGCCGUGGCCGCACAGCUGCGGACACGGUUUGAGUACCGGGCAGGAGCCGAGGCAGAGGGCGGCAACGGGCUGGACGAGCAGAUGCAGAAGAUGCGGCAACAGUACCCGGAUUUCUCGGACACGCUGAUCCGGGCGGUGUUCAAGUCCAAUUCGUUCAGCCUGCCGCUGACGAUGAGCCGGUUGGACGAGCUGCGCGCAAAGAAGAGCGCGAAGUCGUGGGCGAUGCCGUCGAAGAAGCUGGGCGCGACUGCGCGGCUGCCGUCGCUGAAGCCGGGGCGGUACGGUGCGGAGGCCGUGGCAUCGCCGGAGCGGUCCUCGAAGGUGACGCUGGAGCGCCAGACGACGUCGAUCUUCGACCGGUACUCGCACGUGAUACAGCGCGGCAAGGUGGAGGCGCCGGCGCCGGUGUGGAGCGCGCCCACGAAGAAGCGCAAGCUGGUGCGCGCGGAGGACCUGCUGGCGGCUAAGCCUGAGGAACGCGUGUCCCUGAGCGACGAGGAGGAGGACGCGAUUAGCGCGGACGGCAGCGCGGACGAGGCGAGCGGCGACGAGUACGAGGAGCGGACUCCGGAGCUGGAUAUUGACGACCAGGUGCUGACGUUUCUGAACGAGGCGGAUGCCGGCGACAUAGCCGACCUUGCGGAGACCUCCAUAGGGAAGGCGGCGGCCGUGGUGGCAAAGCGGCCCUUUCGUUCGCUGGAGGCAUUUGGCGCAAUGGACUUUGAGGCGGACGAUGAGGUUGCCUCCACGGGCGAGAACGCCAAGAGGGGCAGCCGCAGGCGCGGGCCUACGAAGAGGGAUGGCGCGAAGAUGCUCGAUAAGAUUAUGCAGUCGAUGAAGGGCUACAAUGCGAUUGAAUCGCUGAUCAAGAAGUGCUCAUCGUACCGCAGGCUCAUUGCAGAUCAGAUAAAGAAAUGGGGCGUGGAAAUGGGAGAGAACGAGAGCGAGCUGAACUUCAUGGACACGAAGGGCAGUCCGCACGGCGAGAGCGAUAGCGAAAGCGAUACACCGACCACCGCGUCGACGGAGCUCGUGCCUAACGGCGAUGGCAAGAAGGAUGGCAGUGCCGACAACGCGAGCGAUGGCGACUACAGCGACGAAAACGACGAGGAUGAUGAGGAGUUCGAGGACGUAUAUGAAGAAGAGAGCGACGACGACGAUUUUGGAAAAGUCACUCGCAGGCAUCCCUCCGGUCGUGGGCGGGGGCGCCCUGAGAAGAAGAACGUUAAAUUCUUCAAGCGCAAGCCAAAGUUGCUUGCACCGGACAUCGAACUCAAGGACUACCAGCAGACCGGGCUCAAUUGGAUAAACCUCCUGUAUCAACACAACCUCUCCUGCAUUCUGGCCGACGAAAUGGGCCUGGGCAAGACGUGUCAGGUCAUCUCGUUCCUAGCAUAUCUAAAGGAGCAGAACCACACCGGGCCGCACCUGGUCGUGGUACCUUCUUCCACACUCGAAAACUGGCUCCGCGAGUUCAAGAAGUUCUGCCCACAGCUAAAGAUUGAGCCAUACUAUGGCUCACAACAAGAACGCGCAGAGCUGCGUGACAUACUAGAAGAGAAUGAUGGCCAGUACGACGCUAUCGUGACCACCUACAACCUCGCAUCCGGCAACAAAGCCGACGUAUCGUUCCUCAAAAAUCGCCAGUUCAACGUGGUGAUCUAUGACGAGGGCCACAUGCUCAAGAACUCAAUGUCAGAACGCUUCACGAAACUUAUGAAGAUACACGCCAACUUCCGGCUCCUGCUGACAGGCACGCCCCUGCAGAACAACCUGCGGGAGUUGAUGUCGCUGCUCGAGUUCAUCAUGCCAUCGCUCUUUGUGUCCAAGAAGGACGAGCUCGCCGCGGUCUUCAAGCAACGCGCGCGCACCUCGGACUCCAACAAGGACUACAACCCACUGCUCGCGCAGGAGGCCAUCGACCGCGCAAAGACCAUUAUGAAGCCCUUUAUCCUCCGGCGGCGCAAGGACCAGGUGCUAAAGCACCUGCCCGCCAAGCACCACCACAUCGAGUACUGUGACAUGACACCCGAGCAGCAGGCCAUCUACAACCGCGAGAUCCGCCUCGUCAUGGAGCACCGCCGCAUGGUGCGCGACGGCGUCCUGCCCACCGACGCCGGAGAGCGCGCCCUGGUCGCACAAUCGACCUCCAAGAACCUCAUCAUGGCGCUCCGCAAGGCCGCCAUCCACCCUCUGCUUUUCCGCCACCACUACUCGGACGAUCGCAUCGCAGAGAUGAGCGAGCGCAUCCUCGCAGAGCCCGAGUACGCCGACUCCGGCAACCGCGACUACAUCCGCGAGGACAUGAGCUACAUGUGCGACCUCGAGCUGCACCGCCUCUGCUGCCGCUUCCCCUCACUCGCCUCCUUCCAGCUCUCCGAGCCCACCUGGAUGGCCUCUGGCAAGGUCCACCGCCUCCAGCCCCUCCUACGUGCCGCCAUCGCGCGCCGCGAGAAGACCCUCGUCUUCUCGCUCUUUACCCAGGUCCUCGACAUCCUCGAGCUCGUGCUUUCCUCCCUUGGCAUCGCCUUCUUGCGCCUCGACGGCUCGACCCCCGUCAACGACCGCCAGGCCCUCAUCGACCGCUUCCACACCGAUACUGACGUCCCCGUGUUCCUGCUCUCCACUAAGGCUGGCGGCUUCGGUAUCAACCUGGUCUGCGCUAAUCACGUGAUCAUCUUUGACCAGAGUUUUAAUCCUCACGACGAUCGCCAGGCUGCAGACCGUGCACACCGCGUCGGCCAGACCCGCGAGGUUGCAGUCACCACCCUGGUGUCACGCGCCACCGUGGAAGAGAAGAUUCUCCAGCUCGCCCGCCACAAGCUGGCCCUCGACUCGUCUGUCUCAGACCGCCGAGCCGACGACCUGGACCACCGCCUGGCCGCCCUGCUCGAGGACAUCAUCUACGAAGAGCACACCUAA